AUGUUGGAUCCACAAAGGAUGGAAGAGUUUAUUGAACAGAUUCGUUUGACUCCUGCCAUCUGGAAAAAUCGGGAAUUCGAGAUCCCACGGACACAUCUUAACGAAAUUUGGGCACAUUUUGGACACACUUUUGACAUUUCUCCGGAAGAAGCAGAAAAACAGUGGGAAUAUUUUAUCCGGUUACACAGAUUUAUGAAUCCAGAAGCUAAGAAAGAGGUUUUACUGAAAAUUUAUUAUAAAACUUUUCAAUUGAAAUAUUCAGCAGUUUCGAUUCUACAAAAUGUCUCAAUUGGAUGA